GCCAGGGAGAUUAAAGUUGUAAACACUCAAAUAAACCAAACAGCAGUCAGUAAGCAAGAUCAAGAAGAAUAUGAAAGGGCCCUCGCCGAAGAUCGUACGGCCUUCAUGUACGACGAGGUGUAUGAUAGCAUGAAGGCAGCUGAGAAAAGGGAAUUGUCACUUACACAUAACGUUGAACAAGAGAGGGAAAAGGCAAACAGAGAAUUGAAAGAUAUACUGUUAGCUGCUUCACGUAGACAGCGAGAAUUCUUGCGAAUACAAGAGCGCAAAGCCCAGCGAGAAUUAGAGGCUGAAGGCGAAGAACUUCGAACGACAGAGAGAUUCAUUACCUCUGCGUACCAGGCUCAACUUGAAGAAUUAAAACAAUUAGAAGAGGAAGAGAAAAGACUAGAACAAAUGGACGCUCAGGGUCAGAGGAAUCUAACUCACUUUUACCGCGAUCUGCUUGAGCGACAUAGCUCCGUAAAGGAAGCGGCAAUUCGCGCCAGUCGGGAAACUCCCGCAUCAGCAAGCUCAAUCCCAGUUUCGGUAGAAUCCGAUGACACAGAAAAGACGGAUAGAGAACUGGCAGAACAGGCGCGCGCGGCUGGCAAACGCGUCGAUCUGAAUGAAGAUGAAGAGAUCAUCGAUAAACGGCAACUAUUAUCUGCCGGUUUAAAUGUUGGGACAAAGAGACCACUCUCGCAAUUACAAUCCAAUAGUAGUAAACCGGGAGGGUCAUUCUUUACUCGAACAAGUCGCGAAACGAACAGAACACUACAAGCAAGACAAGAGGAAGUGCGACGACGCGAGAAACAACAACAAGAACUGCAAAGACAAAUCCGUGAAAAGGAAAGAAAGGAAAGAGAAGAAGAGAAAACGAAAGAGGAAGAAUUAUUGAAAAAGUUUGCUAAAAAGAAUGAUGAGAAAGCUGUUUCUGACGCCAGGGCUAGAUAUCUGGCUAGAAAAAAUAAAGGAAAAGACUAA